UCUUCCGUUUUCUCAUUCUAUAUAAGGAUGCAAGAGAGGUGUUCGUCUUCCAUAUACUUCUUCUGUACAAGAGGAUAAUGGAAAGAGAAUUAGUUGAAGAUAUUGUGAUUGUGGGCGCUGGAAUUGCAGGCGUCACAACUUCAUUAGGUCUUCAUAGAUUGGGUAUUCGAAGUUUGGUGUUGGAAUCUUCGGAUACUUUGAGGGUCACUGGCUUUUCUUUGUCCUUGUGGCAAAAUGCUUGGAAGGCUUUGGAUGCUGUCGGUGUUGGAGACAAACUCCGCCGCAACCAUCAACGACUUCAUGGGUAUGCACAAACAUCUUUUAAAUUUUCUUCUUAG